AUGGCAAACCAAAUGAUCGAGAAUCACCUUAAAGAUGUUAAUCAUGUGUCCAUGAUUCACGAAAAUUUGUGCCGUCAAGGCACAAACUUUCGUGAAUGGAGUUAUAAACUUAAACUGAUACUCCAACAGCUAGGUCUACUUGGACUCAUUGAAGCAAGAGUUGAGCAUACUCAACCCGAUGAGAUAAGAGACGACCCAGAUAAUCCAGAACUUAUCACGAAUGCUGCUCAAAUUGAUGUAUGGAUUCUGAGAGAUGUCACGUGCAGAAAUUAUAUUUUUGCCACUCUCACGAGACCAAUGAAGGAAGGUCUCUACUCCUGUGAUACGGCAGCAGCGAUGUGGAUGAAGUUGGACUCACAGUAUCGACUUAGAGCAGCAGAGAACUUGCAUUUCUUGUGGCAAGAAUUUUAUGGCUUCACUCAUCAACCUGAGGAUGACAUGACAACUCACAUGCGAAAGCUUUCAUGCGUUGCUGACAAACUAAGAGAACUUGGACAACCUCUCCAAGAGAUGCAACUCGUGACUAAAGCCCUGGCACUUCGAAAAAUUCAGAAUCGUUAGAUCUGUCUGGGCCAACGUCCCACUUGAUGAAACAACGUCUUCGUUCAGAAGAGAAUGUGGUUAAAUCCUAUGAAAGACCUGAUGGCUCCAGCCAAGCCUUUGCAGCACGAAGUCACACACGAGGGAGAGGUCGUGGAAAUAGACGAGGUAGCAGAAUUUACCAUGGAGUCAGCAACGGUUUUGUAAUCCAACACUCAUCGCGUGACGAAAUUCGAUGCGGUUAUUGCCCACACU